GGUCACUCAGCCCUCAUCACAAUAGAAGCAGGCGAGCGGUGGCGAAAGCAGGAGUGAUUUUUACAGUACAAGGAGAAGAAGCCUUUCUUUAACAAUGGGAGGGGGAGACCUCAACUUGAAGAAAAGUUGGCAUCCACAAACACUGAAAAAUAUUGAGCGUGUGUGGAAAGCGGAGCAGCGGCAUGAAGCUGAGCGCAAGAAGAUUGAGGAGCUACAGAAGGAGCUGCGAGAGGAGAGAGCUCGCGAAGAGAUUACAAGAUAUGCACAGGAGACGGGAGCAGUUAAGAAGAAAGAUGAACGUUUGGAUUGGAUGUACCAGGGUCCAGGGGGCCAUGUGUCCAGAGAGGAGUACCUUCUGGGACGGCCAAUUGACAAACAGAUCACGCAGCAGUACGAGGAGCCUGAAAGUGGUCCAUCCGCCCAGACAGGCCUGUUGCCCGGCUCCAUCUUCAGCCCGACUGUUCAAAGUUCUACUUUUGACUUGGCGGCAAAAAUCCGAGAGGACCCACUCUUCGUCAUUAGGAAACAGGAAGAAGAAAAAAAAAGGAAUGUUCUGAAAAACCCAGUAAAGAUGAAGAUGAUUAAAGAAAUGUUGCGUCAAAAUCUGGAGGAGAAAAAAAGGAAGAAGAAAAAGGAGAAGAAAGAUAAGUCAAAGUCCAAGAAAGAGAAGUCCAAAAAACACAGGAGUCGUGAUGAGUGCUCCGUGGGAAGGAAGCUGAGACACAGCAGCCCUUCUCCUGCCCCUUCGCUGCCCAGGAGCCAGUCUGGAUAUGGCUUACAGCUUCCAGACGGCUAUCAGUCUCGUGUCCCUCUUCCUCCAAACACAGACAGGAAGAGCCCGUUGUUCCACCGCUCCUACCAGGAGCCCCGUGUCAGACAGUCCAGCCGCAGUUCAGAGAUGCACAGGAGCAGCAUGGUGGAGAAGAGGCAUCCGCACAAACAGCAGAGCAGGAGCUACACCAAGGGCCUGUCUUCGGAAGAACUGAAGAGGAAGCGCCAGGAAAUGAUGAAUUGCGCUCAACAGCGAGAUGAGGAACGGGCCUCCAAUGUGCAGAAGUACAAGCGGCAAGACGAGCAGGAGAAAAGACAUGAUGGGAAACAUGGGCACCACACGGGCUUCAUUCAUGAUAUGAAGCUCGAAAGCGCGGCCUCCUCUUCGCUGGAGGACCGAGUCAAGAGGAAUAUUCACUCUUUACAGCGGACUCCUGCUGCCCUUGAGAAAAACUUCAUGAGAAGAUGAAUCCAGUCUCAUCUCUGUCCUAACUUGAUUUUUUUGUUUUUUAAAGAAUUUUUAGAUUAAAUUGUUUAUUAGUACAAAUUUGAUGUCUGAGUUGGUUCAGUCUUUGCAUCACCAGGUGAGGCCAAGACCUAUGUGCUUAACUUGGAGGAAAAAAAUGGUUCCAAGUCCAGAAGGUCUGUGUGAAACUGGGACCAUAUGGCCCUUUUCAGUUGCUCAAGGUUGUGCAGCCUGUCAAUGUUCCUAUGUGUUGUACAGUGUAAAAAAUUACUAGUUGUUCCCAGACUUAAAUUUUAAAAUAACAUUUUGCUGAUACAAACUUUGACAAGUAUUUAGGCUGGAAUAGUAAUCCGAAUUGCCAGCAAAGUAUCACCUGCUGUAAUAGCAAACAGUAAGAGCUGCCUUGAGUCUUUGAACAGAGUAGAAAAGAAGCAAACAAUUUGUGAAUAAGCUGUUGAUUAUCCUAUGGCUUCUACAUUAACCAGGCUGUCAUCCUCCUCCUCCAUGUAAUACCUUGUGACUAGCCAUGGGAACUUCAUGUGAAGUGUGGGGUAAAAGAAGGGAUUGAGAAACUGCAGCUGAGCACCAACACCCUGAUCGAAGCCCUGGUUCUUUAUUGGGCUUCAUCUUGAUACUGUAUCGUAAACAUGCCUGCCAGCUGAUUGUGAACAGCCGAGAGUGUGCACGAGGCAUCCCGGCUCACUGGAGGGAGGGGCUGUCUUCUCCUUCGCUGUUAGGGAUAUAUACUAAAGGAAACGGUCCACUCUGUUCCUGUCCAAAAAAACCCUGCAAUGUUGUCCUGGCUGCUGAUGUUUACAUUUAUCAAGUCCUGCGGAUGCUUUUCUCUAAAGUGAUGUACGACAGUUGCAAAAGUUCAUUUUGCCAACAAAGAGAGAGAGGCAGAUGUAGACACACGAUUGUCAGAGUACAGUCACUUAGUCCAAUAGCUCCAUUUUUGAUGCCAUUACACUAGUAGCUGCACAUAGAAGUAAUGUUUGUCAGAGUCGCUAAGCGAUUUUACCAACAUUCUGUAAAAAUCUUGUAGCUACACAAUAGAUAUGUUAAUAUGUUGAACUUUGA